AUGGGCGAGUUACAGUAUCCCGGCGCACCAAGCGUCGACGAUGAAAGACAAUAUAGGGCGCCGUUCCGCCGCGCCCCGCAGUACAGGUGGCCAGCACCGCAGCCCCCGCAACCUUCUGCCUUCGCCCCAUGGCGUAGGGCUCCAGCACCUCCUAGGCCUCCGGACUAUCGACGUAGCGCAUCUUACCCGGGCAAACCAGACGAAUCUUAUCAGGAGAGAGGUGGAUUAGACAACAUGAGAUCAUUGGAGCACUAUCUAACAGAUAUCAUGCGUGCAGAUACAUCCGAUCACAUGAAAGGCAAGUCGCCGUUUUUCCCCGGCGUGGAGGAACCAGCAGCGGGCGGCGCGGCGGGCGCUGGCUCGCCCUCAGCGCCGCCUGACCACACGCAGGACGUUGUUUCCAGGCUCAGCGCAGCCGGUCUGUCGAUGUGCGUCAGUGCUUUAGGCUCUCCGGCGAGGUCAUCACCCGUGUCCGCGGGCUCGGAGCACGGGGAGCGAUUCAGCAGGAAGGUGUUUGUUGGUGGACUACCUCCGGAUAUUGACGAGGAUGAGAUCACGUCAUCGUUCCGCCGGUUUGGUCCCCUGGUGGUGGAUUGGCCUCACAAGGCUGAGAGCAAGAGCUACUUCCCGCCCAAGGGGUACGCCUUUCUGCUGUUUCAGGACGAGAGCUCUGUUGCCGCGUUGAUGGAGGCGUGCAUCACGGAUGACGACAAGCUCUACUUGUGCGUAUCAUCGCCCACUAUCCGUGAUAAGCCUGUACAGAUCCGGCCGUGGCGGCUCGCUGAUGCUGACUUUGUACUUGAUGCCAGCAUGCCACUAGAUCCACGCAAGACUGUCUUUGUUGGUGGUGUACCACGCCCUCUCAAAGCUGUGGAGCUGGCGAUGAUUAUGGACCGGUUGUACGGCGGCGUGUGUUACGCCGGCAUCGACACCGACCCUGAACUCAAGUAUCCUAAAGGUGCGGGGCGGGUCGCGUUCUCCAAUCAGCAGUCGUACAUCGCAGCCAUCUCUGCACGCUUCGUGCAGCUGCAGCAUGGAGACAUUGACAAGCGUGUUGAGGUGAAGCCGUACGUGCUAGACGAUCAGAUGUGUGAUGAGUGCGCCGGCGCACGCUGCGGCUCCAAGUUUGCGCCAUUCUUCUGCGCCAAUGUCACUUGCCUACAGUACUACUGCGAGCAUUGCUGGGCGACGAUUCACUCGCGGCCGGGGCGGGAGUUCCACAAGCCACUGGUGAAGGAGGGUGCUGACAGACCGCGUGCUGUACCCUUCCGCUGGUGUUAGUCCUCCUCCCCACACUACGACCCCUCCCCACAUGUACAGUCUUACUUUGCAGCUCAAGCGACACGGUUAUUCAAUGCUGUUGGAUUAAUCCUUUUUCCACUGGCGCGAUCACAAAACGUUUUAAUGGAAAUAGGGUUUAACUCAGAAGGUAGAUUAGCUAAAGUAACUGUAAUUGUAGUUCUAUAAAUUCCUACCGUAAGCUACCGGAGUUUGUAUCUGGCAACAUUGAUGAGUUUUGUCGCGAGCGUGCACAGAUUACGAAACCAAAACGGCGAUGUGUUGUGACUGUGUUGCCAGCGCUUGCCAAUAAAUCUCUUGGCGUUUUUUCUAACACUUACCGAAUUGUAUGAUUUUGCUUGAUGGCAACACUAUCCAAUGUUAUUUGUAAGGAAUGUUUAGGUAAAAGUACAAUGCGUCGGUGCUUUCUUGGGUUUUCUUAACACUAGACUUGUCCAUCUUUGGUCCCGUGUUGUUCACUUAUUCGAAAUUGUAGUGUAAACGUGUAGAAGAAAAUUUAAGAAACAUUUUCUAUCGAUAUAAGC